ACGCCGACCCGAAUGGAAACGUCACAGGUGUUUUCCAGCAGUUUAAAAAAAAACCCAAAACAACUUUUCCGUCGUUUCACUCUCACUCGAGACCUCGCCGUCUCAAAGUGCGUGAGUACGGUUUUCGAUUCAAUUUGCGUCGAAAUGGGCCAACCGACAUCCGUUCGUCACUGAUGCCGCUCACAAGACUGCGGCAUGUGAUAUCGAUUUGAGCGGAACACACGCACGCACGCACGCACUCACGCACACGCACACGCAGGUCUUCCUGGGCGGCCGGCUAUAACGUUAGAUUCCGGGUGGCCUUCCACAGUACUGAUCGCUCGUCCUUGCUUGAUAAAGAGGGUCUCCAGCUGCUGUGGACCGGCUCUGCUGGAUGAAGGACGCUUCUGGGAUACACAGACGGGGUUUUGAACACAUGGAUUAUUGGUACUUCACUCCGUAGCACCAGCAAAACGGGAGGAGAUAGGAGCCCAGGCUAUUUCCGUUUCUGUCCUUGACCAAGGCCCUCCAGGAGGUGGACUGAACAUGGUGCAUGUCUAUAACUGUCAUCCGUUUGCCUCACAGCAGAUAGUGCAGGUGGAGCAGGAGCCUGGACUGGUGUGUUGUGGUGGGGGAGCCCUGUUUGUCGUGGCUACCGGAGGAUGCAAGGUGGAGGUGUACUCACUGGACCAGGAAACCUGCCCCUUUCUGUGUCGCUUUGCCACUAUGGGCACCGUGAGGGCCAUCCAGUACAGUAACAUAGGAGACUACUUGGUAACUAUUGAGGAGAAGAACAAUGCCACCUACCUGAGAGCUUACACCAACUGGCGCUACCAGGCUGAGGAAAAGGCCCGUGUCGGGGUGCGUUUGUUAGGACACCUGCUGCGAGGGGCGUCUGUGCGGGGCGGGGCUCAGAUGGAGAUAAUUGAGAUUCCACUGUCAGAGCGACCUGUAGCUGUGGCUUGUUGCCCGUUAACUGGGGACCUUCUGGUGGCCUGCGACAAAACUCUGGUUCUGUUCACCUUGAGGAGACAGAACCAGCAGAAUAUAAGCCAAAAGAAUCCUCAGCCUCCUGGGCAAAACACUCAGCAGAACUCCAGUCACAACCAAGGUCAGAACGCUGGUUCAAACCCAAACAUUUCCAUCCUGGACUUUGAGCGCUCCAUCAUCCUGCAUCUUCCUGGGUUCUCACCUCAGCAGGUGGCAUUGUGUGGGGGAUAUGUGGCAGUACGGGCAGAGCUGGAGGUGCUUGUACUUAAACUGGAUCCAACCUCCGACUCUAAGAAACAGGAAGAACCCCCAGAUGCAGAAAAGACCGAUGAUCAUCUAGAGGACCUAGUUGACUUCCUGCUCCUACCCCAACACCAGGAGUUGUUAGGCAACCAAGCCAGAGACUGUGGCCUGUCUGUUACUAUAGAAAAGACUGGGCUUGAGGACAAGGGUCAAUACAUGGUGACUUACGUUUUGUACAGGCGUUUUGCUCCGGACUUUUUCCAGGGCUGCGGUGUCGAGGAGACGAAACUCCACUCCUUACAGCUCCACCCGGUGUUCACUAGUAACUCGUCAGUGCUGGUUGAUGAGCCGGCUUGUGUGUUCUGCUUCUUUUCCCUCCCCAACACUGGCUACCUCUACAGUCUUACGGGCGGCGUUGAGCUGCUGUCGGCCUAUCAGUACCCAGAAAAAGCUUUGGAGGCAGUGCUUACCAAUCACUUACUGCAUGUCAUCACCAAGAGUGCGCUGCAGUGCUUCUCGGUGCGCUGUGCGGCGGUAGUGGCCAGGGUGGAGGACCCCUACAUUGAUACCACCAUGAGGGCCUGCCCUCCCUGCAACCUGGAGGUGUGCGCUCUCAGGAUGCAGCUGUUUAUUGGCCUGCGUUCGGUGUGCAUCCAUGACCGUCACGUUGUCUUGCUCUCCGCGGCUGAUACGGAGACACCAGAGGACGCCGAACAUGGUGCAAAGCACAGGAACAUUGAGUUAAAAGAGCACACCAUGCUGACUGGUAUUUUCCUGGCGGUGGGAAUCAAUCCCUCAACCACUCCGGCUCUGGAGAGCCUUCUGUCCCGCCCCUUCCUAAACAGGAAGUGGACAGUUUCUCGUCCCAAAGAGUCCGUCGAGGUGGGGCAUGGAUGGAACCUUUAUGUGGUCGACACCGUCUCUCCCCUCACACUCUACCGUGAGAUGGUUGAAUACAGCCAUCGUUAUGCAGAAACCAACCUCCAGGCCCAGAGUUGCCGCCACCUCCUCAGUGAAGCCCACCUCCUCCUGCGUGCCUCCUUACUCCAGACCCUGCCGGUCGGCAACAAGAACUCCGCAAACUCACCGCAGGCAAGUACCGAGGUCAGGAGACAGACAGACCGACAAGAAUUGGAGGAGGCCUUCAGAGAGAACUGUGCCCAGCUGGGAGACUGUUUCAGCAGGGGCAACCAGAAUGAUUGCCACCUGGCUUUGCCGUACUAUAGGAUGUCUAGGCUGUCAGUCACAGAGGUCAUCUCAAGGAACCGCCCACUUCCCAGUAGCCCAUGCUCUUAUGGCCCUGGCUUCCUUUUUUACCUCAAACACUUCCUGUUAGAGGAAACGGAUCAGGUCCUCAGUCAGGAGACAGCCGGCGAGGUAGCGGAGGUUUUCAGCUGGUCUGAGCCCUACCAGCUCACGAAUGUGUGCGCCAGCCCUUGUAUGGCGAACGUCGACCCCGCCCAGGCGUUGUUACGGUUACAACAUCUGGAAGACAGCAGCGGCAUGACGGUUCCCCUGACAAUCACCAUGGCGACCAUGGCCUUGCGUCUGGACGACCUUCCACGAUACCAACAGCUUAUGAGCAGACACAGCGAGAUGCUGUUGGUGUAUGGGUUCAUUGAGGAGCCCAGGCUUCUGCUUCACGAUGGAGGCGGGCACCGGGACACACACACGCAGCCCACGGCGCUGGCACGCCACCUCAUACGCAACCAGCCGGGGCUUCUGGUGGCAGCCAUGGUGGCCCUGCACGAGAACAGCAAGGUUCAGCUGGAACAGGCGGACCGUGUCUUCAAGGAGCUGGGCUGUGAGGAUGACUUACUCGUGGAUUUCUGGGAGGCGGUGCUAAUGGCCUCAUCGCAGGAAGUUGUUAUGCAGGAACUCCUCUUCCAACUGGCCUCGGUCUACAUCGACCGACUCACACACAAGCCCUCUGAUGCACACACUGACCCCACACAUACGGCUGCCGCUGACAGGUCUCUCAAGACUGCUGAUGAUCUGAUCGCUUCAUGUUCUCACUACGGUGCAUUGUACCCCUGGAUCAGCGUACUAACACCAGCUACUACCAUCGGCUCACAACACCAGGAGGCACUAUACAAACUACAAUCCCUCCUGUGUGGUCCGUCGCUCUCUGCGUGCUCCAUCGCGCCACUUCUGGAGCGGGUGUCUGAGGAGACCUUGUGGGGCCUCAGCCUGCACAUCCUGUGUGCCACAAGGAUGGGGCAGUAUGAACGCAGCAUGGAAAAGCUGCUGGACCGAUGUCCCCAAGCCAUCAUACCCUACGCCAAUCACCAGCUUCAAGAUGCACAUAUGGCGUUAUGGUGGAAGAAGCUCCUCCCAGAGCUUUGUGAUAGGACAAGAGCUGCAGCAGACAACACCAUCCUAUUGGCUGCUCUGAAAGAGACGCUGGUGGUUGUUGCCAUGGAAAUGAGCCCCGUGGAGUUCCUGGAGCUGUUGCCUGAUGAUGGCACGGCAUUGUACUUCCUGCCUCACCUGUUAGCCUGCAGCCAGAAACAGCUGCUGACCUGACUCACAAACACUCACAUUCUUUCUCUCUCUCUCUCUCUCUCUCUCUCUCUCUCUCUCUCUCUCUCUCUCUCUCUCGCACACAUACUGGAGCACUUACACUUGGCUUUGGACAAUGGUGUGUAGUGCACACUGUGCAAGUAUGUCAGCACAGGCACAAUAUCAGUUCACCCAGGUGAUUAUUUAGAAGUGAAACGUUCUUUCCCUUUCACACGAUGCCACAGCGCUGAUCCACAGCACUCUCAUCGCAGUCCCUGAAGUGACUGAAGAUUUGUGAAAGCAAUUUGGGGGAACAAAAUAAUGUGCAUUAAAAUAUAAGUUUGCUUAAACAGAAAUCUUAGCCCUGUUUAUACGCUGAGCCAUAGAUGCUUUAGAAGAGCUCGGUAAGGUGGUGCUACAGACCUCAACUUGCCGCCCCGUGUCUUAAUCCACUCGCUGCUUAUAGAUCACACCAGUGUUGUCUGUCGUAAUGCUGGCGUGCUCCUUUUCUGACACUGCAAAGACAAGCAGGAGUGGACAAAGCAGUCAGUCGCAUUCGGGUCGGACCUUUCGCUGAGUGAUUUUCACAAGAUUCACCAAAUAUUAGAUCUCGAGCACUGCACAUCACUGGCAUGAGAAUUAUGGGCCCUGUUGAAAAUGCGGGCCAGACGCAUGAGGUGGGAGGCAGUACCGCGUACACGAAAAUGAGCAAGCAGGCAGAUACUGCACCCCAACAGCACAUUUAAGAAAGAGCAAGGUACUCUGAACUUUCUUAAUCUGUUUUAGCUUUUACAUCUUCGGGGGUUUUAAGCUAUAAGUAUGCUGGUUAAAUGUCGUAAAGCACACAGCUGCUCACAUAAGAAAACAUCCGUUCGUUUAGCUUGCCAUUUACAGGGGCUUAGUCAACGUGAGCUUAUGACCCGUGCUUACUGGGACUUCCUCAUUCACGGGAAGUAAUUGCGAUUCCCCCGUCACGAACGGGGUUCAGCGGGUCGCCCGCGCCUCUCGGCAGAAGGUAGACACACUGAUUACGAUGAUUAAAGAACGGAACAAACAUUCAUUUUUGUGUGUCGGUCAAAUAGUAUAAUGCCAAAGUUAUUAAAAUACGAGGGUCUUGUUGAAAAAGUCAUCUGUUGCACUUUUGUAUUAUCUGAUGUGCGUCAGUGUGCUGUUGACAGAACAGCUGGACACGACAACACCGUCGUAUGGAGGAUUUUUGUCAUACGUUUUAUGUGUUAUGUGUAAAAAUGUUAAAUUAAAUCUCGGUAGAGCUUAAUGACCUGCGUGUGUGUGAGUUGUGUGUAAGUUCCACAUAUAAACUCCUUGGACAGCAGGCAGAUGUGUGCAUAUGAUGGCUGUGUAUGUAGCCACGUUGACAUUAGUAAGGCAGAGGAAGAUGAAGGGCCUGUCCAAAUCUAGAAAAGGGGCGUCAGAAGAUGAGCUCUCAAUGAACUUGCUGUAUAACAAAUGUCACAGUUACGCUCUCCGUGUUCUCCCACUAGAAGGUUUAUGAUCAUUUGGAAGGCAAAUGUGGAAAAGGGGGACGGGCCUCUGCGAGGGAAGCUUGUUUAUAUAACAGACAUUUUGUGUCACGCGUCCUGUUUUCAUGUCAACAGCACAGGGAACCUGUUGCCCUUCAGGAACCCUUUUUGCUGUCGAUAACGUAGUGACGGGUUGGGCCACAAUAAGACCUGUGAAUGUUUACAGGGACAUCAUUUGAAAAUCCGUCGAACGGGAUACGAUGUGAUCCGUAAAUGUUCCAAAUAUUGUGUGAUAAGAAAGUUGAAUCGGCUCGUCUGGAUACAAUGUUUGUUUCCAGGCUGAAGAUGUCACUUAGUUGCGUGAUGAAACGUCUCUGUCAAGGUCAACCUUCUUUGAGUUCCUCACCUGGAUUAUUGAGCGUGCAUGAAGAUGCUGGUGUGUUUCGUUUAUCCGCCCCCCUGGGAGAGCCCCGCUCGCCUUGUCCUGAAUAACCGAGCUCAUUUCAUUGAUUACAAAGGUUUCCGUCCUAAUUGGAAUAAACCGACUUAUCGAUUGCAGGUUGUUUGAACUGGUUUUGCGUUGUGAUGUGGUAACGAUUUAGUGGAUUUUUUUUUGUUGGCCCAGUCUGUUGCCUCAAGUAACCCAGGGUAACCCUGAACAGAUGAACGUAUAGAAUCUCGAGUGGCCCUUUUAUCUGAAAUCCAAGUCAUCCGUCAGUUGUGACGCGUAGCCUCAAUUUUGAGUUGUGUGCACCCCAUACUCCCAAGAAAUGCACCCAUUCAAUGGCAAGUGUGUUCUUGUCGCUUCAGCUAUGAGAGUUUGCCGGUUUCACACGAAGCGCUGCUUAUGUCAGCUCAUAAGGAACACCCUCCCUUGACACGCCGGGGGGGAAUCAAAAUUAGAGCGAUGAUUUUGUUGUGAUUUUUUUUUUCCGGCUAUGGUUUUAAAUCGCACAUAAUUAUUGUUGUAUUGUUUUACUCUGAUGUAUGACGAAGAUGGCCUUCAACCAGACAGCUGAUGCACCAGUUACAGUACUGA